AAACUGCUAAAUCAAACGAAAAACGCCUAUAUCUGGCAAAUACUCCCGAGAUCAAUUUGAAAUUGGAUAUAUUAAGUACACUGACCCCCUCAUCCAUUAUAUUUUUUCAGGCUCCUUUUAAUUAUCGUCUAGACAUUGAUUUGCGUGGAAGAACCUCAGGUUCCGAUAUUGCAAACAUAACAGUUGAACUAGGAGAAAUUACGUCUUCAAAUGUGCCUUAG